CAUUGUCAUUAUCCAUAUUAUGUAAAAAAUCUACAGUUACUAUUUAGUAUUUUCUACUAAUCCCUACAGACUACGGUAGUUGAGUAGUGCCAUAGACAAGUAUAUUAUAUAAGUAGUGCGUUAUUCCACUGAUCCCGACCGUCGUUGCAAGUUGUUCAGACCGUUUACGUGGGCACAGUCAUCAGUGGCGUUGUAGAUUUGUGCGGCGUCGCCUCGUAGAACCGAUUGACAGCAUAGUCGUGGCCGGCGGCUUGGAUAAUUAUUACGAUAAACGAUCAUUGUUGUCGUCUAGGUACCACACAACGACGUAGUAAUCACCGUCAGAUCGACGUCCGACAAACGUUUUUGGGGCCGCACGCGUCAACAUGGACGGAUCGACAACGAGUCCUACGAGAAAAAUGUCAAAAGCCGAUCAGCUCCUGUCGAAGCUACCACCGCCGACACUGUUGCCUAGUUUUGUCACUGACGCUUUGAAUGAGCCCAGACCUGCCCAAACCAACCCGGUGUUGAACGCGACAGACGUGACUAGUCAAAACUUUCACACUCCAAUGUUUUCGCCUGUAAUAACUAGUAAAAAUGAAGAGAAUGUGGAAUUGCCCACAAGUCCUUCCAAUGAAGCAGUCACUGAUAAAGCUGUUAAAAGUGAACAGUCAUCGAGCAAAGCGGAUUUGUUUAACUGGAUGAAAGGCAGUAGCUCUAGUAUUUUUUCGAUGGUUGCCGAAAAAGCAAAGAAUUCUGUAGACGCAGUACUCACAACAUUAGACCCACAAAUGAAAGAUACAUUAAAUCCCAAUACUUUUGAUAACACCGAUAUUGUCGUUGCUUCCGAAAAAGAAAUUGUCGUCAGUGCAGUAAGAGAGGGUUUUCAAAAAGUUUUUGGAAAGGCAGUCGUUAGAGGACUUGAAGCACCAGAUCAACCGUUUGCUGCACAGUUGGUUGGAUUUUCUGCCGCAUCCAAAGCCACAAGAUAUUGCAUUGAUUCUGUUAGAUUACAUGUGGUGAAAGGUCCUGUCGUCUCCUUUGAAAGAUUUAUUGUAGAACCAAUAGAAUCCAGUAAGUUGGGAUUUCGUUUCAUAAAUUUAAUGUGCUAGAAAACAUUUUUAAUUAUAAUCAAAAAUUACUUAUGAACCUUUUAUUUUACCACAUAUUAUGGUGAGCAAAAAAUAUGUUCAAGUGAAUAACAAAACUUUUUCUCCAAAGAUCCAAACGUUAUAUUCAAUUCCAGUCAAAACAAAUUAUCAAGUUAUUUUUUUCCCCAAUUAGAUGGUACGAAUUUGGUCUUAUGAAACUUAAUGACAUGGAACGAAAUAUAGAUUUAGAAGUGUACACCCAAAGUGUUCCUGUACCGGCAGCAAUUGUUGGAUUGAUUAGUGACGAUACGCCCAAAGAUUAUGAACACAUCUCAACCGGAUUCAGUAUACCUGUCGCACAUUUCAUGGCCAGCAACUUAAAAGUACAUCCAUCUGAGUGGCAAGAAGUAAUGACUGGUGUGAGCCAACGUUCAUCUUUAUUAGCUGCUUCAGUAUCUUUGGCCAUGGCGUACAAAAUUGCACUGGAAUGAUGACACUUUUAGUUCAACUUGAAAACAUUUAUCAAUUAAUAUUUUAAUAUGAUUAUCGAUUAUUUACUGUAAUAAACUUUGUUAUCAACUUGUA